AUGGACGAAGCUGAGGAUACUACUCUUAACAAUAUUAAAGCUAUUCAUUCUCUGUCCUGUCCUGCCUGUCUCGUUCCUCCCUCGUUCCUGACACCUCCUGCAGAAGAUCAAACCAUGACGGAAAAGUUUGCCAACGUAGCCCAAGACUUGUUGGAGGGUAUUGACAUGGACACUUUCUUCAGUGAUGAAGAGGAAUUUGGUCCAGCUCCAGCUCCUCCUGCAGAAGAUCAAACCAUGACGGAAAAGUUUGCCAACGUAGCCCAAGACUUGUUGGAGGAUAUUGACAUGGACACUUUCUUCAGUGAUGAAGAGGAAUUUGGUCCAGCUCCAGCUCCUCCUGCAGAAGUCCAAACCAUGACGGAAAAGUCUGCCAAGGUCAAGAUAUAUAAUGGCUUCAGCGAACCAGAUGAUGAAGAGGAAUUUGGUCCAGCUCCAGCUCCUCCUGCAGAAGUCCAAACCAUGACGGAAAAGUCUGCCAACGUAGCCCAAGACUUGUUGGAGGGUAUCGACAUGGACGCUUUCUUCAGUGAUGAAGACGAAUUUGGUCCAGCUCCAGCUCCUCAAACCAUGACGGAAAAUGUUGCCAAGGUCAAGAUAUAUAAUGGCUUCAGCGAACCAGAGUACGUGGGUAUUUAA